AUGGUUCUCUCCGCAGCGGCUUGGUUCAUACAGUCUUGUGUGAGUUACAACUUGCCAACAAAUCUUUUUGGGCAUUCAUAUUAUUUUUCAGAGAGCCAAAAAGAUAAUCAAAAAAAGAGAGUUACGUGAUGCUGAGAGAAUCACAAAAGAUACGGCAGAAGCCGUCAUGAAAAACAUUCGUGGCAUCCCGUUCUUAAUGCAGGUACUCAUUUCAUGGGGCUUUUCGAACUCAGUCUUGUUGUGUUCAAUUCAAAAAAUUAUAUACUUCCAAGAUAAAACUUCAGUGUUCUAGGCAAUUCAAUAUUCCAUGGAAACUUCUUAUUAUCGGAAUAUAAUGAGCGAAAUCGGAGAUGGAAUUGUUCGCACUUCUGUAAUACACACAGCUCCUGCUUGUACAAGUAUUCUCGACACGGAAAGUAAACCGGAUCUGAGCGCUCCAAGCCACGCGACCCCCAGGUAAACGUUGAUACUCAUUGCAAUUCCCACUGAAGUCUCCGAAAAGAUUCGUUUGAAAUCGUUAUAGAAACUCCGCCGAAGAACAAUGGCAGCCUCAUGGUGAGAACUGGCGCAACGAACAACUUCGUUUGUCCAUGGAGCGGGAGAAUGCGAAUCUUUUAGUUAGUGUUAUUAUUCAACGAAAUUGACUUUUGUCACAUACAGGUUUUCCCAUACUGUGAAUCAUCUCCGCACCGAGAUUCUCUAAAUAUGGAAGCUCUUCUUCAAGAGUUUUCAAGAAGCAACAGCAUUAGAAGUGCGAAAAAACCACAAAGGUGAGUUUCCUCUUCACAGUUGAAAAAAAUAUAUUUUUCAGCCUCAGCAAAAAAAUCGCACAAAACCAAUUCCAAGUGAGAUGCAUCGGGAUGUCAGCUUCUUUCAUAGAAAGGUAGUUUCAGUUUUGCCAAUUCACAAAAAAAAGUCUAAUUGCAGGUUUAACGAAUCUUUCCGCACAACAGCCUUCGACCAACCACUUGGCUCCUAG